AUGUUGGUGGCAAGUUUGUUCGUUGCGGCGAAAGAUGUAGGGGGGAUUGGGAAUGCCGUGGGGAAUGCAAUGAUUGUCGCCAUGGAAGAUGCGAACGAGGAAGGGGUGGCAACUGUGGAAGAAGAUGUGAUCAUGACCGUGAUUGUAAACGAUGGGAUGGGCCCUGCGAUAACUGCAGACGAGGAGAGUGCAGUUGAGGGUGAGACUAGGGCUCAUAGCUAG